GGGAGCGGAGCCGGGUAAGAAGCGAGGCCUGGGCGUGUGGGUGACCCUUGGGCGGCGGGGGAGAGAGGCUGCCGCGCCCGUCUACGAGAGAGGUUAGAGAGCUCUGAGAGCGACAAGCGCGGAGCCGGCGGACGCUCGGCCAAGAUACUUACUGCAUUACUGCUGUCUCCUGGGCACCUGAUCCUCCUUUGAAGUUCUUUCUCACUACUGUUCCCAAGACAACAUGGAUGUGGAGGAAGAUGAACUGUCUCUGCUGACGGCACUACUGGAGGAGAAUGAGUCAGCCUUGGAUUGUCCUCCAGAAGAGAGCCACCCCUCAACCCAGGAUGAUGGUCAUUCUGACUCAUUUGAUGAGCUUUUUGAUGCUGAUGGUGACGGUGAAUCGUACACAGAGGAGGCUGUCGAUGAAGAAAUAGAAAAGACUGAAGACCAAAAGGAAAAUUUAGCCACUCUCUUUGGAGAUAUGGGGGACUUAACAGAUGAGGAAGAAGUUCCUACAUUGCAGUCAACGAAAAGCAAAGUCCUCCCUGCUCCGGCUUGCAGUGAAGAGAAAACUAAUGAGGAGUUGCAAGAUGAAUUAAAGAAGUUGCAAGAGCAAAUGAAGUCCUUACAAGAACAGCUAAAAAUGGCAACAAUUAAACAGCCUGCAAGUCCAGUCCAUCCACAGAAAUCAGCUGAUAAGUCUCCACGACCACCUCUUAAGGAGAAGAAAGUUCAGAGAUUUCAGGAGUCGACAUGCUUUUCUGCAGAGCUUGACAUCCCCGCUCUACCAAAAACCAAACGGGUGGCUCGGAUGCCAAAGAUUUCACCUGCAGACCCUAAAAGCUCACCUUCAAGGAUGACAGGUGCGCCAUUGCAACCACUCCGAACGACUCCUGGGAACAAGUCUACUGGGGUGACUAGAGAUCAGGGUGCACGGGCCCCUGGGAGUUCUGGGGAAACAGCUCAGCCGAUCUCCGUGGAAGCCUUCUCCGGCCUGAGGCUCAGACGACCUCGAGUGUCCUCCACAGAAAUGAACAAGAAAAUGACUGGCCGAAAACUGAUCAGAUUGUCUCAGCUCAAGGAAAAGAUAACAAGUGAGAAGAUCGAAGAAAUAGACUGGGUGACAUUUGGGGUUAUAGUGAAGAAAGUCACCCCACAGAGCUGUAACAGUGGAAAAACAUUCAGCAUCUGGCGACUGAACGAUCUUCAUGACCUGACACGGUAUGUGUCGUUGUUCUUGUUUGGAGACGUUCACAAAGAACUCUGGAAGACUGAGCAGGGUACGGUCGUAGGGCUGCUCAACGCUAACCCCAUGAAGCCGAAGGAUGGUUCAGAGGAGGUGUGCUUAUCUAUUGAUCAUCCUCAAAAGAUCUUAAUUAUGGGUGAAGCUCUUGACCUGGGAACCUGUAAAGCAAAGAAAAAGAAUGGACAACCGUGUACACAGAUUGUCAAUUUGAAGGACUGUGAGUACUGUCAGUAUCACAUCCAAGCUCAGUACAAGAAGCUCAGUGCCAAGCGAGCUGACUUGCAGUCCACCUUCUCUGGAGGACGAAUUCCAAAGAAGUUUGCCCGCAGAGGCACCAGCCUGAGAGAGCGGCUGUGUCAGGACAGUUUUUACUACGGAGGGGUUUCUUCAGCAUCAUAUGCAGCCUCAAUUGCAGCAGCUGUCGCUCCUAAAAAGAAGAUUCAAACCACUCUGACUAAUCUGGUUGUGAAGGGCACAGACUUGAUCAUUCAGGAAACUCAACAAAAACUUGGAAUACCCCAGAAGAGCUUGUCUUGCUCUGAGGAAUUCAAGGAAUUGAUGGACAUGCCUACGUUUGGAGCCAGGAACUUGAAACAACAUUUGACCAAAAUCAAGUCAUCAGGGAUCAUGGGGAGCCCGAAACCUGUGUUCCAGUCUAUCUCAGCAUCAGCCCUCUUGAAGCAACAGAAACAGCAUAUGUUGGAGAUGAAAAAAAAGAGAUCAGAAGAAAUAGAGAAACGAUCUCUGCAGAGCUCAAAUGAGCUCACGAGCCCAGCUGUGCCAUCGUCUUCUCAACAGCCCCCUUCUCGGUCUCCAGCAACGGGGGCUGAAUUCCCCAGGCUAAGAGAAACCCCAGCCACACAAGCGCCCAAACUGGGGCGAGGCAUCUCAGAAGGAGCUGAUGUUCUCUUUUUUGAUGAGUCACCGCCUCCAAAACCAAAACUAAGUGCUUUAGCAGAAGCCAAAAAGUUAGCCGCUAUAACUAAAUUAAGGGCGAAAGGCCAGAUUCUUACAAAAACAGACCCAAACAGCAUUAAAAAGAAGCCGAACAACCCGCAGGAUUUCCUGGAAGUGAAGGAACGCGUAGAAAAGAACACCACAUUUUCUCCUCAAGCUGAGGAUGAGUUGGAGCCUGCCAGGAAAAAACGGAGAGAACAGCUUGCCUACCUUGAAUCCGAGGAAUUUCAGAAGAUUCUAAAAGCAAAAUCGAGGCACACAGGGAUCAUAAAAGAGGCCGAGGCUGAGAUGCAGGAACUCUAUUUUGAGCCACUGGUAAAAAAAGAACAAAUGGAAGAAAAGAUGAGGAACAUCAAAGAAGUGAAAUGUCGAGUAGUGACAUGCAAGACGUGCGCCUACACCCACUUCAAGCCUUCAGACACCUGCGUCCACGAGCAGCACGACUACCACUGGCACGAUGGCGUCAAGAGGUUUUUCAAGUGUCCCUGUGGAAACAGAUGUGUGUCCCUUGACAGACUUCCCAAAAAGCACUGCAGUAACUGUGGCCUCUUCAAAUGGGAACGAGACGGAAUGAUAAAGGAAAAGACAGGUCCAAAGAUAGGAGGAGAAACCCUGUUACCAAGAGGAGAAGAGCAUGCCAAAUUUCUGAAUAGCCUCACAUAGCCCUGACUUCAAACAGGUACCCACAGCCUGCAUUGCCUCUUGUGGUUCAGGGAAAGCAAGUACUGGUUCUGUGUUGCCAUGUUCCUGAUUGAUACAGUCAAAACAAAUACUUGUUAAGCCUACAAGCUUUGCCUACUUACUUCUUUUGACGUCAAAUUUAACAUUAUAACAUUAACCUUUAAGUGGACAAUCAAGAUGUCAUUGUCUUCUGUGCUCUUAGUCCUGAUGGCUACAUUCACACAAUUUUUUUGUCCAAAAACUGGAAGGUAAAUCAAGAACUGUGUUUCUGUAUCUCUCGGGUCAUAGGGUGUGCAAUGUCGCAUUUUUAUCACAGAAAGGGUCUAGUGUUUCUGUGGACUCGAAAGCAGAAGAAUUAAUUUAGCUCACCCCAAGUAAGCUGCCUAACUUCUGGACUUCAUUUUCUUUGUCUGGAAAUAAGGAAGAUUGGACUUAAUCUUGAAAUGUGUCUUUCGGCACUCAGAUUCUACAAAUAUAUAACUUUUUGUCAUCUA